UGAACUUACGCGUUGGCAUGGAGAUGCUUCAUGUGCUCUGCCUGGCGCUCUUGAUGCUUCUGGAAGUCGUCUUGCGCCGCUGCUCGAGGUCGUCGCCAUCGACUAGCGACCCGGUCGGCAGCCUCUUCCCGCUCCUGCUACCGAGCCCACGAAAUACGCGACCAAGGAUGACGCCUAUGUUGAGCACGCUGCAGCCGCGUGAGCCGCUGGUGCGAAUCGUGCGGCGCGUCUUGUGGCAGACGCUCGAGCGACUGAGCGUGCGGCACGUCGCUGGCAUCGACGACGUCCUUCGCGACCUCACGGCUCUGCACUUUCGCCUCGCGGGCGAUCCGACGCAUCUGGCAGCGUCCUUGCCGACGCUCCGCCAUCUCCAAGCCCGUGCUGCAUCUGCAAUUCUUCUCCAAGAAUCCUCCGAGAUGACGGCGCUCUGCACGCGGCGCGCCGUCUCCACCUUCCCGACGGCCGCAUGA